AGGUCACAAGGGCAUAUCUCUACGCCCGGUGUAUGAAUACUGAACCCGACAAGGUCACCUGAUUGAGGCCCCCAACCGACAGUCAAAUCAAGUCAUCCUGGGCUUGCGUACGCCGGGUUUACCUAUGUACUUCCCCCCUAUAGGAAUCAUAAGGAAUCUUUGCCUUCUCAUCGUGGCCGACAAAUCUCGUCAGACUGAAACGUAAAUGGGGAGUCCCUCAGAUUCUCCGACCAUUUCCCGGCCCCUCCUCGACCGCACUCUUCCGCCGCCGCCGGCUGCAUCGGCCGCCAAGAAGCUCUCCCUCCUCCCCCUCGUCUUCCUCAUCUACUUCGAGGUCGCCGGCGGACCCUACGGCGAGGAGCCCACCGUGGGCGCUGCCGGGCCCUUGCUCGCCAUCCUCGGCUUCCUCGUGUUCCCCUUCAUAUGGAGCAUCCCGGAGGCCCUGGUCACGGCCGAGCUCGCCACCGCUUUCCCCGGGAACGGUGGCUACGUGAUCUGGGCUCACCGGGCCUUCGGCCCCUUCUGGGGGUCCCUCAUGGGUAGCUGGAAGUUCCUCAGCGGCGUCAUCAACUUGGCCUCCUACCCUGUCCUCUGCAUGGACUACCUCAAGCUCGUCAUUCCCAUUUUCUCUUCAGGCGCACCUCGCUACAUCGCGAUCUUCGUGUUCACUUUGGUGCUCUCCUUCUUGAACUACACCGGCUUGACUAUAGUUGGCUAUACAGCAGUAUCAUUAGGAGUUGCCUCGCUGCUGCCAUUUGCUGUCCUGUCCGUGAUCGCGAUCCCGAAGAUUGAUCCUGCCCGAUGGAUCAGUUUCGGCGAGAAGGGUGUGGCAAAAGACUGGACUUUGUUCUUCAAUACACUGUUCUGGAACUUGAACUUUUGGGACAAUGCCAGCACUUUAGCAGGGGAAGUAGAGGAGCCGCAGAGGACAUUCCCGAAGGCUCUUUUCUCUGCAGGCCUCCUCACCUGUUUAGGUUACUUAAUCCCUCUAAUGGCCGCUACCGGGGCAAUACCUCUAGACCAGAAAGAUUGGGUUGACGGGUAUUUUGCAGAAGUUGCUGAAAUAAUUGCUGGGAAAUGGCUCAAAAUUUGGAUCGAGAUAGGGGCAGUCCUAUCAGUCGGAGGGCUCUACGAGGCUCAGUUGAGUAGUUGUGCUUAUCAGCUUCUCGGAAUGGCCAACUUGGCAAUACUGCCUCGAUCCUUCGGGGCUCGAUCGGUUUGGUUCAGUACCCCUUGGGUGGGAAUCUUGAUAUCAACUUUGAUAGCCCUUGCAGUCUCUUACAUGAAUUUCACCGACAUUAUCUCGUCAGUGAAUUUCCUCUACAGUUUGGGGAUGUUAUUGGAGUUUGCCUCUUUCCUUUGGUUGAGGAGGAAGCUGCCAACAAUUAAGAGGCCAUUCAAGGUUCCGAUUGGGAUGAUGGGACUGGUGAUAAUGUGUCUGGUCCCGUCGGGUUUCUUGAUCUAUGUGAUGACUGUGGCUCCGAUAGCUGCUUGUGUCCUAAGUGCCCUCUUGACACUCCUUGGGAUUAUGUGGUACUUCUUCAUGAAGCUCUGCAGAUCGAGAAUGUGGUUCCAGUUCUGCAGUGCAGACGAGAAGUGGGAUUGCGAGGAUUCAGAAUAGGUCAAUUGUUAUGGAGGUCUUAGGAGGAUUUUGCAGUGGAUUCAAAUACUUCCUAAAUAUAGAUCGAUCCGAACUGUUUUAGAUUCAUUUCUUCACCAGAUUGCCCAUGGAUUCAAACGUUUCCUGCUGUUGGGGAAGAACUGUGUUGCAAUUAGGGGUGUGGUCCAGGUAUCCCUUGUCUGGACCUUACCUUGUACAAUGUCAGUUUCUAAAAUUUGAAACAGGACCCGAUCUUAUUGACUCAUAAUACAAUAAGUUAUGGACCACUCGUUCGAGUAGAUUCUGACUGGAUCCAAAUCUAUCCGGUACGUGUACACACCCCUAAUGCAAUUGGUGUCUUUUUACAAAGCAGCCCCAGCAGUUUGGGCUUGGGAAGAAAUAGUAAAGGUCACCUAUUGGGCUUUC